AUGACUCCGAGAAGCCGUCCCAGCAUUCUCGUUACAACCAUUAGACAGGCCGUUUACAUUCUCUACAUCAUCUGGCAAUUCACCGAAAGCAACUUCUCAACCUUCACCAUCCCUAACACGGCUUUCGGUGUUCUGGGAGCCUUUGCAGCAUCGGUCCUCAUAGAGAACCACCAAGACGAUGCAUCACGGCCGGGGGAAAUCAUCGGCCGCAUCCCCACAACCAUGCUGUUCAACUGGUGCAUGACGCUGAUCUUCGACCUCUCCAACCAGCGCGGCGCCAUCUCGAUACAGGAGGAUAGGGUCAACAAACCAUGGCGCCCGAUCCCGUCGGGCAAAGUCACAGCGGACCAGGCACGUCGUAUUACACUCGUCGCCGUCCCACUAUGUCUAGCGCUUUGUUAUACCCUCGGCGUCUGGAACCACGGCACCGUGAUCCUAAUCCUAACGUGGCUAUACAACGAUCUCCAGGGCAGCGAUGAGCUGGUCCGUGACCUCAUCCUCGCCGUAGCCUUCGCCAUAUUCAACAGCGCCUCGCUGCAGAUCACAGCUGCAGCCGGCAGAGGCCUAAGCGGCCUCGGCAUCCUCUGGAUCGCUGUCAUCAGUGCCGUUAUCCUAACGACGAUGCAGGUGCAGGACCUGAAGGACCAGGCGGGCGACCGCAUUCGGGGUCGGCGCACAGUACCACUAUUUUUUGGAGAGAAGAUCUCGCGACUGUCUAUUGCCGGCGGUGUCUGCUUCUGGUCGUAUGUCUGCGCCUACUUCUGGCGGCUGCCGCUGUGGGUCUAUUCCGUGCCGGCUUCUACGGGGGGAAUCGUGAUGCUGCGGGUGCUGUCAAGACGAACGCCUGAGGAAGAUGCCCGUACGUGGAAGUGGUGGUGCCUCUGGACCGUGACGCUCUAUUCGCUGCCAGCUAUUAGUCUCGUAACCGUUUAG